AUGACGACAAGAAAUUUGGAUAAUGAGUAUGAUCCAUCUCGUAUUGGUCAAAUAUCAUCAUCAUCACCAACACGUGAUAGUAGUUAUAUUGAACAUUCAAAUAAUGGUCAAGGUGAAAAUGGUUAUACUAAUGAUAUACAUGAUAGUCAAAAUAUAAAUUUAUCACAAACAGGUUAUUCACAAGGUAGUGGGAGUGGUGGUACUAGUACAUCGACUGGAUUGAAACCUGAAGAUGAAAGAAAAUUAUUUGUCGGUGGUUUAACUUGGGAUACAACACAAGAAGAUUUACGUGAAUAUUUCUCUAGUUUUGGUAAUGUUCUUGAUUGUUCAAUUAAACAUGAUCCAUCAACAGGACGUAGUCGUGGUUUUGCUUUUCUUGUAUUCGAUUCAAAAGAUAUUGUUGAAAGAAUACUUUCGCAAAAUGAUCAUUUUGUUAAAGGACGAAGAGUUGAUCCUAAACCAGCACAUCGUCGUUUAAAUACAAUAAAUAAUAUUACAAAUAAUAAUAAUAAUAUUAAUAAUCUAUCAUCACAAUCUUCUUUAUAUGGUAUUGGUUCAUCAUCAACAAUGUCUUAUUCUAAUAUGACUAUGGGUAUAGGUGCUAAUUUAAAUCCAUAUAGUAAUAAUCGUAAAGUAUUUAUUGGUGGUCUUGAUCCAAGUUUUCCUGAUUCACAAUUACGGGAAUACUUUUCAAAAUUUGGUCAAAUUGAUGAAAUUGAUCUACCUUAUGAUAAAGAAAAAAAUGAACGACGUCCAUUCUGUUUUAUUUCAUUUCAAACUGAACAAGCAGCACAAGAAGUACUUCGAUUACAACGACAUACUAUUGGUGAUAUAAGUGUUGAUGUUAAACGUGCUAAACCAAAAACAUUAAAUAAUCAACAACAACAACAAUUACAACAACAAAUGUAUGAUCCAUAUGGACAACAAACUACAUAUACAAAUUAUGGAGCUGGCGUACCAUCCUAUGGUCAAAGUGGUUAUCCAACAUCUGACGCCUAUACUCAUUGGAAUGCUUAUACAUACAAUCAACAGGCAAAUCCUACAGCAUAUCCAUAUGGUAGUUCUGGUUCGACAAGUGCUCCUAGUCCAGGACCAUCAUCUUAUUCUCAAUAUCCUGACCAUCCAUCAAGUUCUCAGUAUUCAUAUACACCAUCGAAUACAGUAAAUACAAAUGAUUAUUAUUCUCAUUAUGGCUACAGUGCUCCACAACCAACAGGUGUUUAUGCUGAUCCAAAUGUCUAUAGUACUGGUUAUGAUUAUGGUUCAUAUUAUCCAUCAAUGAAUACAGGUAUGAGUGGUACAAUGGGUGAUAAUGGUACUGGACAACAAUCAGGUAAUUCACCGGGUAAUCAAAAUGAUUAUGAACACGACAAUCAUCAUGGCAAAGCCAAAACUUCUAUUGUUUCCAGUCCUACUUAUCAUCCAUAUUCUCGAAAUUAG